CGGUGUGCGAGAAGAUCAUGGAGCUGCUGGGGCAGAAGGAGGUGGACCACCGGCAGCGGAAGGUCCUCAUCCUCAGCCAGGACAGCUUCUACAAGGUGCUGACCGCCGAGCAGAAGGCCAAGGCGCUGAAGGGACAGUACAACUUCGACCACCCCGACGCCUUUGAUAACGAUUUGAUGCACACAACCCUGAAAAACAUCGUUGAGGGGAAGACGGUUGAGGUACCAACCUACGACUUCGUGACCCAUUCUAGGCUGGCAGAGACGACGGUGGUCUAUCCCGCUGACGUCGUCCUCUUCGAGGGGAUCCUGGUUUUCUACAAUCAAGACAUUCGGGACAUGUUCCACCUCCGGCUCUUUGUGGACACGGAUUCCGACGUGCGGCUGUCGCGCAGGGUUCUGCGAGAUAUGAAGCGCGGGAGGGACCUUGAGCAGAUCCUCACCCAGUACACCACCUUCGUCAAGCCUGCCUUCGAGGAGUUCUGCUUACCGACAAAGAAGUACGCGGAUGUGAUCAUCCCCCGAGGAGUUGACAACAUGGUUGCUAUAAACCUCAUAGUGCAGCACAUCCAGGACAUCCUCAAUGGGGACAUCUGCAAGUGGCAGCGAGGGGCAGUGAACGGGCACGGCCGGCCCUACAAGCGCCCGUUCCCCGAGCAGACGGAGAGCAGCAGCAGCAGCAGCAGCAGCGUGCUGGCGGCCGGCAAGCGCUCCCACCUGGAGUCCAGCAGCCGCCCCCACUAACCCCCCGCAGCGCCCCAAGGAUCUGCCUCUGGUCCAGCCCGACACUGAAGACAACUUUGGGAAGGAAGGACUUCAGCAGAACGGUUGGUGAAGUGCCCUUUAAGCCAUCCUAGCAGCGGAGGGGAUGCUGGUGUGAUACUUGUCACAGAGGGGAGAGGAAGAAGUCGGCCUAAUGCCCCCCCCUCCCCUCCGAGACCCCUCCCUUUUCUCCCUGCGAUGUCUGGAGUGAUGAUGUUACUUGAUGAACUGGUUAAAGGCAGUGCUACUUGCCAUUUUUUUUAAUUUUCAAAAUGAGAUCCGAGGCUGAAGUCUCCCCUUGAAAAUUAAGCGCUACCAGGUGAUUAGCAAGAUACCCCGUUGCCCUGAUUGGUGAUCUUCCUUAGCAGGAAAAUUACCUGCCUAUUUCUUGGCAACAAAAGCCUGUCUCUUAUCCAAGACCAGCUCCCACCCUGUUAGUUUUAACAAGUAGGUGCCUUCCUACUUUUCUCUUCUUCCCAUUGUUGGCACCUUGAGUUCUGGCACGGCUCUCCUGCUGCCAGCCUGUGGGGGGAUUGACCUGUCGAGGAAUCUCUCCCCUGAGACAGAGAUGAAACAGAGACUGUCUGGGACAAACAGGAACUUGCAGUUCAUCAGGGGGGACAGGCCCAAGAAAUUGUGUGAUUCUGGUUCCUAAUUUAUUCCUUUAUAAGCUCCCGAAUGUUGCUACACUGUAGGAUUAUUUUUUUGUACCCAAAUAGUCUCCUUUACCGCAGUUACUGAAUGCACGAGCUCCAACUGGAUUGAGUUGCUCAUGGAAACAGAAACCAGACCUUGUCAGUAUUAGUGUCUUUUUUAGGGCGUUUCUGUACUGCUGGUUGCAGAUUCUGCUGGGCAGAAUCCCUCCACUUCCACAGGUGGGUGGAAAGAUCAGCAAGAGGGGCUGGGGGGGGUGACCAGC